CCCCAAAGUCGGCCUACUUUCACUCCAAAACCUCCAACAUGACGGAUGUUGAAAAGUUAUUUUUACCCAACCAGUGGUCUAAAAGAUUUGCACCUGAUGUGAUAGUUGACAAACAUCUAGAAUUUGCAGCUAAAGGGAGUGAGACAGCAAGACAGAAAGUACCGUCCCAACUCAACGUCAAAUAUGGAAAUUUGGAAAAAGAAAAAAUCGAUAUUUUCGGAACCGAUUUACCCAAUGAAGCCCCAAUUGUGGGUUUCGUCCAUGGGGGCUAUUGGCAGAAAGAGUACUUGAACCGUUCCACUUACCACUUCCUGGCCCCCAUUUUGCACAAAAAUGGCAUCAAAUCAAUGUUUGUGGGCUACGAGUUGUGCCCCAAAGUCACUCUGGACCAAAUUAUCACUGAAAUAACACUCGCUACUAAACAGUGUCUCAAAUAUGCGCACGAAAAUGGCUCCAAGGGCUUUUACUUGGCGGGAUAUUCAGCUGGGGCCCAUCUUGUAGCCGCGUUGUAUACAAACUUGGCCCCAAUAAGUCUCUCAAACGAGGAGCGGAACAUGAUCAAAUCAGUUUUUCUCAUUGCUGGAAUUUACGAUUUGAGGGAACUACCCAAAACUUGUGUUAAUGAACCCUUGAAACUGAGCCAAAGUGAAGCUGAGAAGUUGAGCCCCUUGUUGCAAAAUGUAGUGAAAGGAGUAACAACUAAGUUUCAUGUGAUUUCGGCCAGAAAUGAUAGUCCUGAGUUUCAAAAACAGGCCAAAAUGUUUGAUGAGAAACUGCGAAAUGGCGGCGUGGUCACAAAAUGGACGAAUGUCGAAGAUGUGGACCAUUUUGAUGUGGUUGAAAGGCUGGUGGAUGAGAAUUUUGAGGUCACCAAGUUGAUUUUGGUGCAAAUACACAAUCCCGAUGAAUAGGCGUAAAAACGUAUAUUGGGUUGCAUAACCAUUUUUUUAAAUUUAUUAUACAGGCUGUUAGGAAAUGGCUUAGCAAUAUUUCGUAUGUGAAUUUGCCAUGAUUAGACGAGUUAGAAACCCUUAUAUCACCCUUAUAUAAUUUUUCAAAAUUGUGGCUACCAUGUUCAGUUCCCACAUGUGUGGAAGGUUCGAAUCCCGGUCCUGGCAAAAAAAUUUGUAUUUUUUUUGUAAAAUUUAGUAACACAACACAAAUUGAAAUAAACAAAUAACGUAGUCGACCAAUAAGUUAAUUUACUUAGGCUGUUUAGUCAAUAAUAUUAAAAUUGACGCUAAUUUUUAUAAUUCUAGCUUAGCGGUUCUCAAAAUUUGUGACUUUAAUUUCAGAACGAUUUUUUGGAAAAACUAUACAUUUUUGAUUGACAUAAAUUUUGCUAAAUCGAUUUGUUUUGCCAUUUUCUAUCUGCCUUUAAAUUUUUGCUAAACCAUUCCCUAACACGCUGUAUUAAAAUUGUUUCAAUUUUUCGCUCGAUAAAAAAAAACACAAUUUGUUUCAAAAUAGUUUAUGAUUUUUAUUUCCAUUCAUAAAAAAACAGUCAUAGUUGGUUGCAUAACCGCAACUUAUCUAAACUAAUAAAUACUUGUAAAUGUUAUUAUUUUUUAAGGACAAGACAGUUUCGUAAUAAUCACAAAACUUAUUAGAAAAAUACAAAGUACAAAAUAUUUUAUUUCAAGCUUUUGAUUUCCCUACACAAUUCUGCGAGCUCUUUUAACAUUUCAUAAUUUCCAUUUCUCUUUUUUUCAACAUUUUCCAAAUUUUCUCUCUUAAAACUGACAAUAGUGUUCAAACUCUUCAUAAACUGAAACAACCAAUAAAACAUUAUCCUAAAACCCACAAUAAAUUACCUUAAGGAGCCGCUCGGAAUUUUUACAGCACGAUUCAAUUACUUCCGAGGCAUCUUCUGGAAAAUUAAUUUCAUUCGGUUCCUUGUGGUUUACCAACAAACGUUGAACAUUGCUCUUAAAUUCGAGAAAAUUGUCUUCGAGUUGUUGAGUCGAAUCUUCCAGUUGCUGCUUCAAAUUCGAAUCAAUUGAAAGGCUUUGAUUUUGGUUUCGUGAGUUGAGAAUUGCCUUUAGAUCAGCGAUUUCCUUGCGAUAUUCUUGAAUUUUGGCGGCACGUUGACUGAGAGUUAGGGUUUGUUUUGAUCCGUAAGUUGGGAACAAAUUCGAAUCAAAGUUCAUCAAAUCAUCGUAGUUGUUGACAUCGGAAGUUAUGGUUUCGGGAACAGUUUCUAAAGCUUUAAACAUUUUGCUCAUGAUGAAAAACUGAAAAUCGAGUAUAUUGGAUUGAUAAGGGUGUACUUUAAAUCAAUACUUGUUUGCUGAGGUCACACUCGCCGUUCAUGAAUUGAAGGCUUUCCUUAGCAUCAUCACAAAAUCCGUGACAGUAGAUUAUUUCUGCUAAUUUUUCUUUAUCUGCGUUCGCACAAAUCUCAGCAAAACGAACAUUGAUUUGUUGCAGAAUCCACGACACGAGAAACGAUCUGUUGGGGGUGGAGAAAAUGUCACAAAUUUUGCACUCCUCCAUUUCGUGUAUUUGGGGAUAAUUGCGCUCUUUCAAGCACUCAAUUAUGAAUGAUAAAUUUUCCUCCAUCUCCACAAUUCAAAUUCCCCGCGCCGGUUGUGCAAAGCGCCACCUGUAACAACAACGCCAUCUCUUUUUAGCCAAUGGGAAAAGUGCGAUAGAAAUAAACGAAAAGAAAGAAAGCUUCUAGAUCUAGAGCGUUGAGUCGAUGGUAAAAUGGCGUCUGUGAUUUCAGCCUUUUAACUCAAAAUUGUUAGCUUUUCAGUGCUUUUCCAAAGUAGGGAAAAUGAGGAAAACGUAGUGCUCUGUUUGGAAAAACUCUGACUAGUGUUUGUGCAACGUAG